AAGUGAUGUCAGCGAGUAGGAUAAGGGGCGGAUCUGGCGUGCCCACGAAAGUAACUCUUCAGCGUGUCUGAAAGAAUGCAAUAUGGAUGAUGAAGUUUCCCAAAGUUGUGAUUAAGUAGCGGACAGUGGGGAAAUGGACAGAAGAUUAGAAGGAAAGCUUAGGAUCAGCCAGAAAGAGAAAGUGUCCAGUAAUAACACUACACAGUCGCCAUUGAAGACGGGCAUCGUGAUCCAGGACGACUCCCCACACGCUGCGCCCCCGCCCCAGAUCCGCAUUCUGAAGCGGCCCUCCAGUAACGGGUCGUUAGGGUCGCCCCAGGGCCAGAACCGGCCCGCGCCACAGGUCAAGUCCCUGGCCCAGCGGGAGGCGGAGUACGCUGAGGCCAGGAAGAGAAUACUGGGCAGUGCCAGUCCUGAAGAGUCGCCUCAGGAAAAGCCCAACACAGACAGACCAGGGCAUACAAAUUCUACCACACCUCCAGAGGACCGAUCAAACAAUCAUGCUGUCCGCCAACCAGCAGGCCCCGACGGCACUCAAGGCUUCUGCCAAAACAGAUAAGUGGAAGAGGGGCAAUCCUGCUAUUGGGAGAGAUGGAGAGGAAGAUGAAAUGUCUGGGCUCCAGGGGGUAUCACAGGGUUUUAAAAACCAUUUCCUUCUAUUCCAUGGUAUGGGAUCAGCUGUGAAUCGGAAGGCAAAUGUCCUCCCCUCUCAUGGCUCCCACUGGUAAUGUGUGGGAUGGAUUAGAGGCUCUGUAGGAAGCAUGCUUUCUCCCCCUCUCCAUCCCACCCCCACUGUUUAACACUGUGAUAAAGGACAUCUUCUGCCUACUGUGAUGAUCCCUUUAAGUACCCCACCCCACACCCACGUUGUCCAAGGAGUCCUCUCCUUCUCUCGUCAUGGGAAACCUAUGGGGCUUUUGCUUCUAUGCGGCUAAUUUGGUCAUCAGCCAUGGACACUUCCAUAUGGAAAUACUGAGAGCAGAGGAUGCUUAACAGAGGACAGAAGAGUAGUGAGCAAAGCAAAAUGAGGGAUGGUAGUACAGUACCUUCAAAAGUAUUCAUACCACUUGACUUAUUCCACAUUUUGUAUUACAUAUAAUUUUUUCCUCAUCUGUUUACACAUGAUACCCAAUAAUGACAAAGUGAAAACAUGUUUUUUCAUAAGUAUUGAAGGAAAUAUCUCAUUUACAUCAGUAUUCACACCCCUGAGUCAAUACUUUGUGGA